AUGGGUGGCAGCAGUGCAGUUUCCAACGAGCCCACACAGGCCGCCGCAGCGCGGACGGGCAGCAGCUCGGAUCUUGAUUCCGAGGUGCAGUCGAACAAGCCGCUGUUUCUGAACUUUACAGCAGAGCUGGCGCCGUUCAGCGCGUCCAAGAAGCAGAAGAAGAAGAGCAAUGUGUACAAAGUGAGCGGAGUCAACAUUCUGAACAGCUUACAGAAUGAAACAGCGUCGACAGCAAGACAGCGCUGGAGCGGCUACAGAGACGGCGCGAGAACCACAACUUUGUUCGAGAGACGGCGGCGCGACAACAUCAACCACACGAUCACCACGCUGUCGACACUCAUUCCGUACUGCACCGAGGAAGGCGUGAAGCUGAACAAGGGCAGCAUUCUUCACAUGGCCGUCGAGUACAUCCAGGACCUGCAGGACAUCAACGCAGCACUGGUCGAAGAGAACAUCCGGUUAGGCGGCACCUGGCGACGUGAAGGUUGGGCCCGUGCGCAACGGCGGUGGCUCGCAAAAGACGCCCUCGGCGCCUGGCAGCCGGGCCACAUCGUCGGGACUGGCCGAGCCCGAUCAAUGGGUCCAACGACCGGCCCCUGGCCGCCACCCUUGCCGAGACCGCCAGCCGGAACAUGCGACGGCUCCGGCGCACCACAUGUCGGGCGCGAUCUCGCCGCCAAUCACUACAGCGGCACCGUCCGCGGUACAGUCGACCAACACAUCGCCGGCGGCCCAGGCAACGGCAGUGACAGGUGCCAACCGCACAAUCCCGCCUGUCACGCAGCUGCCGCCGCCCUCGCACAAUGUGCAGAACAGCAGCAUGCUGCCGAGCCUGGCGCCGCCAAUGACGCCCCGGCAUGCCGCUGGUGCGUCAGCCUCGAUGACAUUGCCUACAGUGCCCGAAAUGACGUCGAUUGCGCCGUCGAUUGCACCGCUGCCUCGGUUCUCGUUUCCCUGCAGGAGCAGGCAAGUUCCAGGGCAAGCCGCCUGCGCAGUCGAUGCCCAACUCGCCCAGCUUCCAGCCGCACAAGAGCCGCAUGGAGCGACAUGCAUGCCAACGGAUUCACCAACCACCCGUUCUUCAACAACAUGAGCCCAGUAGGCCACAGGAAGGAUGAUAUGCCGUCGUACCGGCACCACAGCGGCAGCACGCACCCGCAGCCGUACAUGCAGCAGCAGCAGCAGCAGCAACAGCAGAACGCGGCCGGAAUGCCCGUGCGCAAGAGCGGACUUACCCCGCCCCAGCAAUACAGGCAGCACCCGUACAGCACCCCGGCCCACGUUCCCGUUGCUCAGUCCCUGCAAAACACCCCGCUAAUGCGUCCGUACCGCGAGGGAUUUCCCAACGAGGGAUUCGAGCUGCCGCCAAUUAACUUUAGCGCAGCGGCCCCACACCACCACAACCACCACCGAGCAGCAGCAGUCCCGCAGCAGCACCAGCACCAGCAGCAGUCGCCGCCCGCUGCCGGCUCUCGGUGA